UUGGUUUUAGUAAGUUACCAUCCAUGCAAGCGCUUGUGGAGGUUGAUGGUGUACUCUCUAGUGACCACCUGCUUUCUUCCUUUGCUUGCCUUGUCUACCGUUUUCUUUGCGGCCUCCAAAACCCAAAGCUCCUCUCCCUCUGCCGUCUGCCCGUUAUAGAGAACCCUAGUUCUCUACACUAAAGCGACUUUAGAUUCUUUAUUAUUACUUAAAUACCCCUCCCAUCUAUCAUUGUGCUAAAUUGUUGUCAUUCUCGGCCUUUCCUAUUUACUUUACUCAUACAAGGGCACUAUUGUUUCUAAAAUCUGCUGCUUCUGUUAGAUCCCUAACCUUCUUUUUCUUUUUGAUUUCGAACCAGCUCUAUCAGAUUUUGUUAUGAGUAAAGUGCCCAAAAGACUCGCAUUUCCAAGGCUACAAUAUGUCGGGCAGGAAAGAAACAGUCUUGGAUUUGGCAAAGUUUGUAGACAAAGGUGUUCAGGUCAAACUCUCUGGUGGUAGACAAGUCACAGGGACUCUAAAAGGAUAUGACCAGCUACUAAAUCUUGUCCUGGAUGAAGCUGUAGAAUUUCUUCGAGAUCAGGAUGAUCCGAUGAAGACUACUGAUCAGACCAGGCGUCUUGGCUUGAUAGUUUGUAGGGGUACUGCGGUGAUGCUAGUAUCACCAACUGAUGGCACGGAUGAGAUUGCCAAUCCUUUCAUCCAGCCAGAUGGAGCCUGAUCUGAUCCCUCUUCAAAAUGGGCCAUGUCUUUCCAUUCUGUACUUCUUCUAGCAUUUCAUGUCCUAUCGAAUUUUAGAAUAUUGUAGGGACUAGGUUGUCUUCUUUCUUUCUUUGCAUUUAGCUUUGAAUUAUGCUCUAAACAAUCAUUAUCUAUCAACAGAAGUGUUAAAGAAUGAAGUUAUUACCACUUUGUUAAGGUUGUUCCUAACGUGGGAUUUUAUUUCUAUGUCUGUAUGUAGUAAUCCUCAAGUGUUAUAUCCUUUCUAAAUUUUGGACAAUAACCAUAAUAUGCAAUGGAAAAGAGAUAGAAGCCUUGAUCUCAGACAUAAAUAGUGGUGUAUCGAUAUCAAUCUAAUCAGCAUUGCUUUCAAUCAGAAAGCAUUGAUGGCAUGUAGGCGGUGGUGGAUUUCAUACACCAAUAAUAAAAGCCUAUUUAGGUA